AUGCAUCCUUGGCUUGAAAAUAUAGUUAAUCUAUGCAGGAACAGGAAGAAUGACAACUUAGCUUUAUUCGACGAAUGGCCCUCUCUCGCAAGUUCGAUUAAUCUCAAAAACCAUUGCUAUGGAGAAUUUUCCAGUGCGUUUGUUCAAGCAAAUGAAGAUAUGGAAGAUCGAAGCCAAGUUGAAGUUGCCUCUAGAAAUGCACUCUUUCUUGGAGUUUACGACGGCCAUGGUGGCUUCGAGGCUUCCCAGUUCAUCUCUGAACACCUCUUCGACGAUCUACUGAGGCUUACUAAUGAGAAUGAGAAUAAAAUAACUGAAGCUACCCUGAGGGAUGCUGUUUCUGCUACUGAAGCGAGUUUUUUGGAUUCUGUAAAAAGGAAUUAUAUGAUAAAUCGAAAUCUUGGAAAAGUUGGUUCAUGCUGUCUUGCUGGAAUCAUAUGGAAAGGGACGCUACAUGUUGCAAAUCUUGGAGAUUCACGUGCUGUAAUUGGUACUAUGGUUAAUAAGAGAAUCCGUGCUGAGCAGUUGACAAGAGAUCACAAUUGUAGUGAUCCAGCUAUUAGAGAAGAACUCAAGUCAAUGCAUCCUGGUGAUCCUACCAUUGUGAAGGAAAAGAAUGGAGUGUGGCGCGUUAAAGGCAUCAUUUCGGUUAGUAGAAGUAUUGGUGAUACAUAUCUGAAAAGGCUUGAAUUUACGCUGUGCGAAUCGUUUCCCAAAUUCAAAAAAGUUCCUGAACCAUUUACUAGAGGUGUGGUAUCAGCAGAACCAGAGAUGCGUACUAGAGUUUUAACAUAUAGUGACAAGUUUCUUAUAUUUGCUUCUGAUGGACUUUGGGAUUUCUUGUCAAAUGAACAAGCAGUUGAAAUUGUUCAAAACAAUCCAAGAAAUGGAAUUGCAAAAAGGCUUGUGAGUACUGUUCUAGCGAAAGCGGCUGCUAAUGGGAAUGUUACCUGUAAUAGCAUGAUGCAUGCUAAUCUGGGACGUGGCGAUGGGAACAGGAGGUCUUUUCAUGAUGAUAUAAGUGUGAUUGUUGUGUUCUUUGACAAAACGUCGUUUCUGAGGAUGCCCGUACAUAAUUUGUCCUACAAAAGCUCAUCUGACAGACCUACACCAUCUGCUUUUGCACGGUCUGGAUUAACCACUCAUUGGCUGCAGAGGCUGAAGAAGACUAUUAAAGACCGGUUUAAAGGAAGUUCAUCGAAUGCAUCUGGCUCUCAGGAUCAGAACCCUGAAACCCCUGAGGGCGAGAGCUCUCAAACUCAGAGCCUUUUAGGUCAGAGUUCUCGGGCUCAGAGUCCUUGGAAGAAUCUUAAACAGAAUUAG